CGCCCCCUGUCAGAGGAGGCCAUUGUUCAGCCGGUCGCGCUGGCUUCGCCGCCGCUGGGCUGGUCCUGCCCCCUCGGCGAGUCCCGGCGUCUCCUCAGAGCUGGGAGAGGCGGCCGUCCUGGGCGGUGAGCUCUCCGUGGUCCUCUGGCGCGGGCCGCCAUGAGCAAACGGAAGGCGCCGCAGGAGACCCUCAAUGGGGGCAUCACCGACAUGCUCACAGAACUCGCAAACUUUGAGAAGAACGUGAACCAGGCUAUCCACAAAUACAAUGCCUACAGAAAAGCAGCAUCUGUGAUAGCAAAGUACCCACACAAAAUAAAGAGUGGAGCGGAAGCAAAGAAACUGCCUGGAGUAGGAACAAAAAUUGCUGAAAAAAUUGAUGAGUUUUUAGCUACUGGAAAAUUGCGUAAACUGGAAAAGAUUCGGCAGGAUGAUACGAGUUCAUCCAUCAAUUUCCUGACUCGAGUCAGUGGCAUUGGUCCAUCUGCUGCAAGGAAGUUUGUAGAUGAAGGAAUUAAGACAUUAGAAGAUCUCAGAAAAAAUGAAGAUAAAUUGAACCAUCAUCAACGAAUUGGGCUAAAAUAUUUUGAGGACUUUGAGAAAAGAAUUCCACGUGAAGAAAUGUUACAAAUGCAAGAUAUUGUACUAAGUGAAGUUAAAAAAGUGGAUUCUGAAUACAUUGCUACAGUCUGUGGCAGUUUCAGAAGAGGUGCAGAAUCCAGUGGUGACAUGGAUGUCCUUCUCACCCAUCCAAGCUUUACUUCUGAGUCAGCCAAACAGCCCAAACUGCUGCAUCGUGCUGUGGAGCAGUUACAAAAGGUCUGUUUUAUCACAGACACUCUGUCAAAGGGUGAAACAAAGUUCAUGGGUGUUUGCCAGCUUCCCAGUAAACACAAUGAAAAGGAAUAUCCACACAGGAGAAUUGAUAUCAGGUUGAUACCCAAGGAUCAGUAUUACUGCGGUGUCCUCUAUUUCACUGGGAGUGAUAUUUUCAAUAAGAAUAUGAGAGCUCAUGCCCUAGAAAAAGGCUUCACAAUCAAUGAAUACACAAUUCGUCCCUUGGGCGUCACUGGCGUUGCUGGGGAGCCCCUGCCCGUGGACAGUGAGAAGGACAUCUUUGACUACAUCCAGUGGAAAUACCGUGAGCCCAAGGACCGAAGCGAGUGAGGCCCACCCUCCUUGGCACAGCCCGAUCGGGGUCUUAAUUUAUUUCUUAAGCUUUGCUAUGUGAGGCUCUGUGGUGUUUUUAAAUAACUGUUUCUUCUUCAUGGCGUAGCCUGCACUAUAGUCAAUAAAACCUCUUGUAUGAUUA